CACUAUUUCAGUAUUGGAUUUGAGUAAUAAGCUAUAGUAAAAAUACAUAAUUCAAAUGCUUCACUGGUAUUUACGCUUAAGAAUUAAAUUCUUAUACCCAAGUCAAGAUGGAAAUCGAUGAUGAAGAUGUUAUCAUAGGCGGCACAGAAUUGCAAAAGUACUUAACUGCUGUCGGAUACUCUGAAUUUGAAGUUUCUGAACAAAAAUGUAUUGAAAAGUUUUGUCCGAUUGAAGCACAAAAAUGUUCAAGAAAAAAAAUGAGAUCGACCCAAAAUCACAAGGAUUUUGAAUUGUGUGUAACAUUAAUCAAGAUAAUCAUAGAAAGUCAACUUAUUUUCAAAGAAGAUACUUUAUUUAUCAAGGAAUUUAUUCCAUUAGAACACAUUAAAUAUCCUCUAUUUCUUACAAAACAAAAAAGUUUAACUCUCCUUGUUUUAAGCAUAUUCUGUGGUAUUAUGAAUAUGUUUUUUUCAAAAUACUGGGAUGUAUGGACAACAGUUGGUUUAUUAAUUUUUUGGUUUGGAUGUGUGUUCAUGGAUGUAAUAUAUAACUUGAAACAAAAUAGAACAAUAAAAAAUACUUUAACGAAAACCAUUCAAUCUAUGGAAAAAUUGUCUCUGCUGAUACAAAAGUCUACUCAUUUUCUUCAAGAAUGUAACAAUCUUCAUAAAAGUUAUUAUGACACAUAUGCAAGUAAAAAUCCUAAUGCCUUCAAUUACUUGUUGAUGCCAGAAUUUAAAUCUUUACUUAUAACUGUGUUACAAGAGUUGAUCAACAAUCUUGUAAAUAAUGUGUCUGAAGUUCACACAUUUUUCCCUCUAAAAGAUUCUGUUUCCAACAUUGUUUAUUUAUAUCGCACUGACUGCAAAAUUGAUUUAAACAACACUUCUUUUGAAAAUAUAAAUAAAGCCAAGUAUACUUACUUUCUAUUACAAUCAGAAUUCUUGAAACAGUCAGCAUUGUGUUUAUGCCCAGCAUUAUGGACUCCUUACAGUUCUUUUCACUUAAAUCGUCUAAUUGAAACUAUUGGUAAAAUUGAAACAGUGUAUUCAAACUUAUAUAAUAUUUUAUAUGACGAGUAUAAUAUCUAUUCAAUGUUCAAAAAUAAUAAUACUAUAGAACAUAGUAAACAACCAGUUCAAAAUAAUAACAGAAAUUCUGAUCUGAAGUUGAAAAUAUAUAGUGUUCGACAUUUCUUGCAGAACAUGAUGGUGCAUGUAAGGUUCAUGGAAGAUUCAAUUGAAAACUCUUCAGCAUGCAGUGCUGAUAAUAUAAAUAAUACAUUGAAUGUUUUAGUAAAAGAAAGCAAUGUUUUUAAUGAACUUAUUUCUUCUUUACAAAUUUAUAUUCUAAAAACAAAUAAUGAUCAAACAGAUAAAACUAUAUUAAUUAAUGAUUCCAUUGGUGUAAGUGAUCAUAUAGAUACAGAGACCAAUGAACCAAGUAAAGAAAUCUGUGAAGAUGAAUUAUUUUUUGGUGUAUCUGAAGAACCUACGGAAAAAAAGGAAAAUACAUUUUGUGAUGAAAUAGUAUUUGAUAAGUCUAACAAUCAUAAUUUAAUGUUAGAAUUGAAAGUUGCACUUAAAGAUAAACAAGAAGAAUGGAAACAACGAGAAUGCAAGUUGUUAGAAAAACAUCCACAGUUAAAUUACUUUUCUGAUGACGAAGAAUGUAAUGAGAAACAUGUCCAAUACAUAAAUAAAGUGCGUAAAGUAGCCGUAGAUUUGCCUCCUAAUGAAAGUUUUCCUAUGCAAUUGCCUGAUAAAAGCUUUGCCAGUGAAAUUGCCAUGAUCGCAUGUAAACGGAAUACAGCAAUAGAGUGUUUUGGUGAUGAUUCUGAUUCAAAUAUAUCUAUGGACUCAAAUGAUUCUUAAAUCCAACAAUCAAUUUCUAGUCAAAUUAUUAAAUAUUAAUUAUGUUUUCAGUUUUUGUGAUAUGAUGUUGUUCUAUUGCUGUUCUAAUCUACUAAUCAAUUAUUUAUGUCAAAUGAUCUUGGCUUACAUAAAACAAUACUAUAAUUCCAUUAAAGAUUCAAAUAAUCAAGUAACCAUUGAAGUUGCAGCUGGUUUAAAGGAUAAUAUGACGUUGCAAUGUACUAGCGUGCUUCCAAAAUACUUAUCUAAAUUAACAGAAAUGUUCAGAUAUGAACCAUAACUUUGUGAGAUAAUUCAAUACAUUCAAGUUCAAUACACCUGUAAUUAUAUUAUUGUAUAUAUAUAUAUAUAUGUGUGUGUGAGUAUUUAUACAUUGUUAAAACCUGGUCAGCAUCAUA